CAUCUAUUACACAUGGGGAAUGCCAAUUCCAAUUGGUGAUAUCACCAAAUUCAACAAAGUAUUGGAUACCAAUUGUCAAAGAAGAUAUAAAGCCUAAAGUUGGCUUGAUCUUUGAAACCCUUGAAACUGGACUGCAAUAUUACAGAAACUAUGGAGCAAACGGUGGAUUUGAUGUUCGUAUUAGCUCGAACAAACGUUUUAGAAGUGGGAUGGUAAGAAAACAACUCAUAGUUUGCAGCAGAGAAGGAUUUAAACCACAGUCAAGGACAAAUAAUCCACAAGGAGGAGGAGUUCAACGAGAACAUGUUUCAAAAAGAGUUGGCUGCAUGGCUCGGGCAGUGUUCGAAUAUGAUGAUGGAAAAAGAUACAAGAUUACAUGCUUUGAAGAAAAACACUGCCACAGUCUGACGUUGGAAGCACAUUAUCUGAAUGCAAACAGGCAAUUGAAUUAUGGCCACCAGAAGUUUGUCCUAAAUUGUGUAAAAGCCAACAUUGGAACGGCUAAAACACACAGGUUGUUCAAAGAAAUGGUUGGAGGAUAUGAAAAUGUUGGUGCUCUGGCUGCGGAUUUCAAAAACUUCAAAAGAGAUCUUAUGGCUUACAUGUCAGGGGCAGAUGCACAACUCAUUGUACAAAAAUUUCUCAGCAAGCAAGAAGUUUACCCGGACAUUACAUUUGAAUAUGCAGUGGAUGAAGAGAAAAAAUUAAGCCGAAUCUUUUGGGCAGACCAAAUAUCAAAAAGAAAUUACCUCAUGUUUGGGGAUGUUGUUUCAUUUGAUGCAACCUACAACACUAACAG